UGCAAAUUGCUACAACACUUCAUUCUCAUCCACACAACUCUCUCAUCAUCGUCAUCACACACAAGACCAGCUAGCCAUGUCAGGUGUUGUGGCAGCAGCUUCCUCAUCCUCAUGCUCUGCCACUUUCUCUUCCUCCUCCAGUCGCUCCAUCAAAAAUUCUCAGCUCCCUCAGUGCUCUAAGCUCAAGUAUCUUCUUAAUCCUUCUUCUCAAUCCCAGAAAACGUCUUUCCAGGGCCUCUCGCUUCGUGAAGCGAAAAGGUUUGCUUCGGAUUCCUUCUUCGUGGUCGAGAACAGCAAGGGUUGCGCCAUUGCUAGAAGAGGACUUGAGAUUGCAGCUAGAACUGCUGGUGCUGCAAAGACGAUUGAGGUCGAGGUCGAUAAACCACUUGGUCUCACCUUAGGACAGAAAUCCGGUGGCGGUGUCGUCAUCACUAAACCAGCAUUUUCGGAAGCUUGGUGCAGUUGUUUUUUACAGGGCCAAGGUGUGGAAGGUGGCGGGAAUGCAGCUAGAGCAGGGCUGAAAGCGGGGGACCAAGUCCUGUAUACUAGCAGUUUCUUUGGGGAUGAACUGUGGCCAGCUGAUAAGCUUGGAUUUACAAAAACUGCCAUUCAAGCAAAGCCUGAUUCUGUCUACUUUGUUGUCAGCAGAGGUGCUGAUGUAGAUGUUAAAAGACUUCAGAAACGCCCUGCUCCUCCUCGCUUUGGAAGAAAAUUGACUGAUGCUCAAAAGGCUAGAGCUACUCACAUUUGCCUUGAUUGUGGAUACAUAUACACCCUACAGAAACCUUUCGAUGAGCAGCCUGAUACAUACGGAUGCCCCCAGUGCCAGGCACCGAAGAAGAGGUUUGCUCGGUACGACGUGAACACGGGGAAAGCGAUUGGUGGAGUUUUGCCGCCAAUUGGAGUCAUUAUUGGUCUGAUUGCUGGUGUAGGUGCAGUAGGAGCUUUGCUUGUUUAUGGUCUUCAGUGAAGUUCUCUUCUGUCAAUAGCUGCUUUUAUUGGCAAUCCUCCCAAAUCUACUUGUCUCCAUCUUUGAGCUUUCAUCUCAAAAGCAACUUCCAUUUCUGGAUGAAGCAUGAUUCAUUAUGGUAAAUAUGUUCUGCAAAUUGAGUCACUGAAGUUGUUGGACUGUGCCCAAAUGGAAAUUCAUACAAAAAUAGACAACACUAGCUUCUACUUAA